CCUGCCGCCCUCCCCCCCACCUCAGACAUGGAGUCGGCGGUCACCAGCAUCCAGGUGCUGCUGCAGGCGGCCGAGUUCCUGGAGCGUCGGGAGUGCGGGACGGCCGGGACCCGGGGUCCGCCGGGCCUGGCCGAGGCCGAGCACGGCUACGCCUCGCUCUGCCCUGCGCGGCCCCGCCGGCCCGUGGGCAGCGUCCGGUCGGUGCACAACGCGCUGGAGAAGCACAGGAGAGCCCAUCUCCGUUGCUGUCUGGAACGACUGAAGCAGCAGGUGCCAGUGGGCGCAGGGCCGGCUCGUUACACCACCUUGAAUCUCCUACAUCGUGCCCGGCUUCACAUCCAGAGGCUGGAGGAGCAGGAGCUGAGGGCACGGAGGGCUAAGGACCGCCUACAUAACCGGCAACGGAGCCUGCGGCAGCGACUGGAACAGCUUCUCUCGCCUGCUGGUGGUGGGGAACGGACACGAGCUGACAGUUUAGAUUCGUCCCAACUCUCGGAGCCCUCUGAGGGAGAGGAUGACGAGAUAGAAGUGGAUGGUGCAGUGGAUGUUGCAGUGUUUGGAGGGGAUCUGCUGCCCAGUGUCGGCACUGGGAGGGACCACAGCUACUCCAGUCCCUGUGGCCUUGCAUCUUGACAUUGCCUGCUGCCUUUCCUGCACUACCUGCUUGCCUCCUCCCUGCCCACCUCCGCAGGAAAUGCAGCCUCAUCAGGCCUCCUCACGGUUGCCUGGGUAAGGUGCCACUGGUAGGGACAAGCACCCAACUUAAUCCCUCCACUGCUGUCCCACUGAGCGUUGCUGGCCCCUGUGCUGAGUGCACAGGGCUGACAGCACUGUGGCACACACUGUGCAAUGCAAUGCACUGUUACAGGGCCUGGCAGUUAGAGACACCCCUUCCAUGCACCCCCAAGCAAGCUGGCGGGUUGGGGGCUGCCUGGCAUGGGUGAGGGCCAGCACUGCCCCCAGCAGACAUGGCUACAGGAGGGCUCUGCCAUACCUGGAGAGCCAGGAAGGGCAAGUGAGCACGUUAACCUGCCUUCACGCUCCCACAACUGUUACCCUCUCUUGUAUGUACUCAACACUAUUCUAGUAAAGGCAUUUGCUUAAA